AUGUUUCGCUAUUUUGCGCUUGAUUGUAGCAACACUUCCUCGGUUUUUCUGUAUUCCUUGUAUAUCUUCGCUACAUCCCCCCCUAUCCACGCUACGCAGCGCCCACCGACCCCGCCCGCCAAUUUCUCCCCCCCGCUCAGCGCGUCUCCCCGAGUCGCCGCCAGACACAACCAGCGGCAGUAUUUUAUUGCUUCUCUCUGCGCCUUGACGGAGUACUUUGACCUCUUCUUCGUAUCCACCACAACCACAAUCUCCACCACAACAACACCAACCUCAACCACAUCAUAUAGUCGCAUCACAGCAGCGCCGAUACUUGACUCACUGCUUACUGCUUACCUGGUACCUAAAGGCUCUCGAGGACUCGGAUCGUGGACAGCCAGGUCCCAGGAGCACUUCUCGUUUUUGACCCCAAAACAAACCAAAGAUCUCAACGCAACAACCACGCAACGCAAAGAUGAAUCCGCCCAACCAACCCAAUCAGCAGCCAAAUCCUCCUCUAGGGCCAGGUGCACCCAAUGGAGUGAAUCCGCCAAAUGUGAACCCGCUGCCGAACGCGAACCAGCCGCCGCCGCCUCGCCGAAGGGGACGUCUGCUUUGUCCGGCUUUUUAAGUACACUACCAUCGAAUACAACCAUAAUGCGUAACCAGAAUAACGCUAGGAGAGCUGCUGCAGCUGCCGCUUCCCGACCUGCACCGCAAACAGGAGAGGCCACAAGUAAUACGUCAGAGGCUGCUUCAGAGCCUGAGACGACCUCAGAGUCGGAGUCUGCUCCAGCCAGGAUGGGGGAAACCAAGGCGCAAACGGAGAAACGUCUAAAGCAGGAGGCGAAAUCUAUCGCCAAGAUUAAGGCCUCGAGGUCGUUUAAACGCCGUCGCAGACUCCAACACGGUGUGGAGGAGGAUGAGGAUGAUGAUGCAAGAGCAGUCUUCCUCGAAACCGUGGCGCCACUGCCAGACCAGACAGCAAACUGCGCAGUUUGUGAGAAGAGAUUUGCGGUCACCCCAUAUACCCGUGCGUCUAAAGAGGGUGGGCUUAUAUGCCCCAAGUGUGCCAAGGACCUCGACAAAGAAGAGGGCCCAGCCAAAAGGCAAAAGCGGAACAACACAGGUCGCCGACGUAAGGUGCAGAGCGACCUUCUCGAUGGCGUGUAUCCAGGGAUCAAGAACCUAGUGACACUAUGUGUGGAAACACUCGCCAAAAACGCUGAUGAUGCUGAGGAGCUAGGAGAUCUGCCAGCUACCAUGAUUAACAAGGUGGCUGCUAUACUUUCGAAGAAGCGGCUCGUGACUUCGGAGACAUUGAAUAUCUUCCUUCGAGCUGGGUCUGACAGUCUAACUGUUUAUGAUGGUGCGAAGCUCUCAUCAAACGACUACAUCCGAGUCUUCCAAUAUAUGCCUGUUCUCAAGCAUCUCCGCUUUAGGAAUGGGAUCCAAUUCAACAAUGUUGUCAUGGACCAUUUACUCGCUACCACCGUCAACUUGGAAACGUUCAGUAUCCACGGGUCCAACUUGGUCACUGAUGAUAGAUGGGAUCGUUUCCUUGUGGAGAAGGGAUCGCACCUGAAAGCCCUGCAAGUGUACUGGACUGACAACUAUUUCGGCAACGAGCAGCUUGCACUCCUGGAGAAGACAUCCCCGGGACUUAAGAAGCUUAAGGUGUCUCAUAACCAGAAAGUUACGGAUGAAGGGCUCGCUCACAUUUCUAAACUGCCCAACCUUGAACACAUCACACUCCAAAUAUACCGGCAAACGACCUCACCGCCGUAUGUUGAGAUCCUAAACUCUGUUGGUACCAACUUAAGAACCUUCUGCCUGAGCGCUGUCCAUGUUAUUGAUGAUAGCGUCCUCAACGCUAUUCACGAUAACUGCCGAAGCCUCAACAAGUUCCGGAUUACAGACAACGAGGCGUUAACCGACGCUGGCUUCGUUUCUCUCUUCACCAACUGGGACAAUCCCCCGCUUACUUACAUCGACCUGCAUAAAUGCCGGCUUAUGGAUGCGAGAGAUCCGAGUAUAAAUCCGGAAAACGUCGGCCUCUGCUCCCUUGGUUUCGAAGCCCUGAUGCACCACUCAGGCAAGAGCUUGAAAUACCUGGACGUUGCCUCCUGUCGCCACAUCUCCCGCGAUUCAUUCUCCCGGGCUUUCGAACCCGGCAAGCUCUAUCUCGAGUUGGAGAAGGUUAAUGUUAGCUUCUGUCACGGCGUUGAUGACUCUGUUGUUGGCUGCAUUUUCAAAACCUGUCCCAAUCUGAAGAUACUUGUUGUAUUUGGCAACUUCGACGUUAGAGAUGUUCGGGUUCCCAAGGGAAAGAUCCUUAUCGGGGUUCCCAAUGCGCACGGCAUACAGAUUGAGGGGACGGAGGAUGGCGUGGGGAGGGUGGUCUAA